UUCGACGUUCAUGAAUGUUCGCAUUUUAUUAAUAAAAACACAUUCAAUAAUUUCGUUGUGUUUUGCAAUUUUGCCGUACUGUCCGAGAGUAGUGACAUCGGCCGUCCGAAAUAGUUUACUUAAACAUAUUAUUAGCAUUUAUUUGGGUGACGACAUCCAAAUUUGGCAUUUACCCGUCAAGCAAAAGGUCGCUGUUGCGAGAGCAUUUAACGGCCGCCGCUGUUGCCGUUCAUAUUUUAAUAUUUUAUAGACUUGAGUAAGAUUUGUCGUUCAACCGCGAGGCAUUGAAACGACGUUCCGUUUCUUCAUCAGACAGUAGUCGCCGAAAUGACAUACACUCGUAAUGCGAUGAUCGGUGGCGCACCAUUCGACUUACAAAAGGUGCAGAGAUCAUAAGCUCUCGCAGUAAGUAAUUGUUCCUACUAUGUACCAGACUGACCAUCGUAGAAUACCGAUCAAAUUCAGGCACAAAGAAAAACGGGUGCCAGAGUCUCUGUUUUGUUUAUGUUUAAAGUAUGUAGCCAGCCAUUUAGACCUUUUGUGUAAAGAAACACUUGAAGGGUACACUCUGCACGAAGGGCUAGCAUUGCCCAGUGAAAUUUGUGAACCGUUUAUCGAAACAUACCAGAACAAUGGAAAUGAGAUUUACGACUGUUUCGCACAUCUAUUUGAGGACGUCACCAAAACGAACUUGCGAUCGGUACACAUACGCAACUCGAGCAUUACCGAUGAUGGCCUUGAAUACCUUCUGCGUCACGACUUGUAUGAACUUACACUAACCAAUUGCCAUUACCUAACACAUAAGACGUAUAAAAAUAUAUUUAAACACGCUAAUAACCUACGGUCGCUGACUAUCGGGCCUAAUGUACAAAUAACACCUUAUAACAAGUUAACCAAUUGUUCAUUGUCAUUGGAUGAUGUACCUAUACGUAUCAACAAAAAAGCACCAAACCUCAAACACCUGGUUCUUAGAGCGAUUGCGGAAUCUCCCUACAGCAGUGAUAACAUAUUUUUGGGUGUUAUGCUGGAUAAGUUGUUACAGCUUAGAGUAUUAGAUUUAUCAUAUUGUUUGGGUGUUGGCAGUCUCCGAUAUUUGUGUAAACUUACCAAUUUGCAUACAUUAAUUCUAUUUGAUGUACCUCAUUUGCAAGAUAAUGAAGCCAUUCUACAUAUAUGUACAUUGCAAUCACUAGUUGUUUUAGAUAUAUCACAAACCGAGUCUUAUCCAGAACAAGGCGUAUACAAGGAUGAAAAUAAAACGUUAGCGCUUAUUGUAAAAAGUCUUCCUAAUCUUAUGUCAUUGGAUAUAUCUGGUACAAAUUUGGCUGGAAAAGGCACGGCAGAACACCCAGUUGGUGAAUCAUUGAGUGGAAAACAAUCAGACAUUCCUGGUUUAGAAUCUCGAGUUGAUAAUCCAUUAGAAUUUCUAGGCCUUUAUCAUACAAUGCAUAAUGCUUGUCGACGGCAUGAUAUUCCUGCAAAAAUUAUAAGUGGUGAUGCUACUGAGGAACAAAUAUUUAAUGCAGCCGCUUCUUGUAUGGAUAAACCAAAACUACUACAAAACAUUCUUAACGAUCUUUAUCAUUUGUUGAGGUAUGACCAGUGUACACAAAUAGACCAAGCUUUGGAUAUAGUUUUAGAGGCACUAACAAGAUAUGUUAAAGAAAAAUUAAUUCAAAUUUCGGGCAGUGCUACUCUUUUCUAUAUCGUAAAAAAUAAAGAAAGGCCUUUACUUUUAAAUGAUAUAACUGUAAAGAGGAGAAUCAUUAGCACAUUGUUAACUGGAAUGGAUUUUCAUAAUUAUGAUGAAACUAUGAUGCGCAACGGAUGUCUCACUCUUUGUCAAUUGAGAAUUCCUCAAGACGUGAUGUUCGAGUUUAAACGAUUAGUACAAAUGUUGCUGCACAUAGUGUCGACAAGUGAUCAAGAAGGGUUUGUUCAAAGAAUCGGCAUUUAUUUAUUGAACUCAGUUGCAUGUCAAGUUAACAAUAAGCAGAAAAACGAACUAGGAGAUGCUGGUGCCAUUAAGAAAAUGAUGGCUAUAAUAAAAGAUAGACUUCAUCGGCGAGUAUGUGAUGAUGUUCUUGAAGUGGCGUGGUCUACAAUGUGGAAUGUAACGGAUGAAGCGCCAACCAACUGUAAAAGGUUCCUAGACGGAAAUGGCAUGAAGUACUUCCUAGGAUGUUUAACAACCUUUCCAGACAAAAAUGAACUGAUGCGUAAUAUGAUGGGUUUAUUGGGUAACGUCGCAGAAGUAAAAGAAUUGCGACCUAGGCUAAUGCAAGGUCAUUUUCUCAAAGUAUUUUCUGACCUGUUAUUUUCCACCCAAGAUGGAAUUGAAGUCAGCUAUAAUGCUGCUGGAGUGAUUGCUCAUUUAGCCUCGGAUGGCAAAAAAGCAUGGAUCGUAAAAACUCCACCCAGAGAAAAAGUGUUAGAACGAAUGACUCAAGCUAUACAAAACUGGAAUCUAGAUGCCGAUCGUAACAUUAACUAUCGCUCUUUUGAGCCGAUAUUGCAGCUCGCUCAAGUCAGACACACGCCUCAGUGUUCUCAUUGGGCAGCUUGGGCUUUAGCAAAUCUCACUAAAGUAUACCCUGAAAAAUAUUGUUCUAUCGUCAUAGCUGAAGGUGGUUUGAGAAUCAUGGAAGAACUGCUUGACGACAACGAUAGUAUGAUCAGUCAACCCGGAGUAAUACACAGUUUGGCCCAAACGGUCAUUAAUCAAUGCCUGAUGUAUAUGAAAACCACUGUAGACGAAACAGCGCAGUGACGUCAGUGAGAACUAUAUUUUCCUUUUUUUAUUACCUUAAAUGGUUUUACCAAAACUGUUAUUUAAUUUAUGCCAAAAUCCCUCCUAAAAACAUAUUGUAAUGAGGGUUCUGGUUUGGUUUUUGUGAGAUAUUUAUUAUUAUUGUUUGUAUUACUAUUUUAAGAUAUUUUCUGAGUAAUAUUGUACAUGACGAUGACCCAGAUAAAUAAAAUGAGAACCAAUUACUAACUAAAUAAAAUAGGCGAAAUUAAACAAAAAUGUUUCUUUUUUUAAGCAUAUAAAUUAUUACCAUUGGUCGAUAACAAUAUUAUACAACAGUGUGAAUGAUGUUUAUUUUGAAUUUAAUGUUAUUUGUUAAAUGUUUAUAUGUGUUAUAUAUAUAUAUAUACAUGCAUAUCUACAUAUGUGUGUUUAUAUAUAUAUAUAUAAAUAUGUCAUAUUAUUACUAUUUUAUAAUA